GAGUCGAAAUCUUGAGCGAAAUGGUCGAUCACGAAAGGAUCAGGCUGGUGAUACUGGGCGGUGCCGGCGUCGGUAAGAGCGCGAUCAUCCGUCGUCUGCUCGGCCAAGGAUUCAGCGAGAGGUAUAGACCGACCGUCGAGGACCUUUACUCGAGGGAAUGCGUUCUCGGCACCCUCACUCUGAAAGUCGAUCUGCUGGAUACUGCCGGCGACCUGCAGUUCCCAGCUAUGAGGAGGCUAAGCAUCGCUACAGCCCACGCGUUUCUCCUCGUUUACGCGACGACCUCGUUACCGAGCUUCGAAUGCGUGAAACGGUGUUUCGAGGAAGUCAGGGAACAGCGGCCGGACUUUCAGGAAGUGCCAAUAGUCGUUGCCGGAAACAAGGUGGACCUUGCCACGACGCGAAGGGAAGUGCCGAUCGAGGACGUCAGCGAAUGGCUAUUUUGCGAGUUACCUAAGCUUCGUGCCAAAGUGAUGGAAUGUUCUGCCAAAGACGAUUACAAUAUCAAAGACAUUUUUCGAUGUUUCAUCACCCUGUCGAAAAUCGUGCCGAAGAACCAUACCGGUGAAACGGACGAAUCUGGUCUCCGACGGAGAUGUUCAGCGUAUGGAUCGCGCAGGUCUGGCAGUCCACGCGGCAGAACCGGAAGCGCCGGCUCUGGUACCAGUUCUCAGCAAGUGAUAGCAGCACAAACUUCGAACGUCCCCGUCGUCGCCAACGAGGAAACGAAAAGCAAACCGCGCAGUCGUAGCUUGAUCCGACGCACAUCGCGAAAAACCAAACAGCAGAUCAGAGAUGCUCACACGGACGACUGCAACAUUUCCUAAUUUUCUUACUACUUUUCUUUCUAUCUCCCCAUCCAUUCCUAUCUUAUGUA